AUGACCGAGGGGAACUCUGACAAACCCAACGGUCAUGUCAAUGGUAACGUCUCGAAGACCAAGCCUGCUUCUAGAACCGCAUCAAAAGCUACUCCAACGUUGUUUGGGAAAGGAACUAGCGAACCGCCUGCCAAACGAGGACGAGUGGCCGAGCUCAAAGGAGAAACGACGAAGUUGAGACGUAAAUCGAGUUUGAGCACAGCGCAGAUCAACGAGGUUCCUCCCAUUCCUCGUGAGUCACAAUACCAUAUUCUCAUACUCAGUCGCGCUGACAGUACAGCUAUUUCGAACCCUCACAAAGCUUUGUUCAUCUUCGGAACAGGUGAUAUGGGUCAGUUCGGUUUAGGCCCCGAUGAGUUGGACGAAAUUUCUAGACCAAAAUUGCAUACUUGGUUCGAAGAACAAAUCGAGGAUGGGCACUUGGCGCGGAGUGGAAGUAGUGGGGGUGGAUUGGAAACUGUUGCUUGUGGUGGGAUGCACACUUUGGCCAUCGACGAAGCGGGUAGGGUACGUUCAUGGGGUAUCAACGAUAAUGCCGCUUUAGGUCGGAUCACUACCGAUGUGAAAGAUCCCAAUGAUCCCGAGAGUGUCAUCCCGAACGAGGACUUGGAAACGUAUCCAUUCGUCGUGGAGAGUUUGGAGAAAGAAGGAUUUAGGGCUGUACAAGUAGCAGCUGGGGAUAGUGUUAGUGUGGCCGUUUCGGACAAAGGAGAAUUACGUGCUUGGGGUAGUUUCCGAAGUAACGAUGGUAUUCUAGGUUUUGAUGGCGUACCCAACCACUCUCCAUUCCAAUAUCAUCCCAUUUCUUUACCUUCACUUGCUAAAAUCAAAAUCACAUCCGUAUCAUGUGGUGCGGAUCAUGUCCUUGCUCUAGCUAUAACCGGUCACGUAUACGUAUGGGGUAACGGACAACAAAACCAACUUGGAAGACGUAUAAUCGAAAGACGUAAAUUGAACGGUCUCGAACCUGAACGUCUCGGUCUACGUGGUAUAGUUCAUGUUUCAGCUGGAAUGUAUCAUUCAUUCGCCGUUGGGACAGAUGGAACAGUUUGGGCAUGGGGAUUGAAUACUUUUCAUCAAACUGGUAUUUCUUCACAAAAAGGUGGAGAAGAAGAAAUGAUUAAUCAACCUACUAUAGUAGAUGCUUUAUCACCUAAUAAUCUAGGUGGUGCAAAAGUGGUCAGUAUAUCAGGAGGAGAACAUCAUUCUUUAUUCCUUUUGAGUAAUGGUGAUGUUUUAGGUUGUGGGAGAUGUGAUGCCAAUGAAUUAGGUUUAGGAGAAGAUCAUCCGGCUCAAGAAGGAUUGAAAGAGAGGAAAGAAGAGAGACAAAGAGAGAGAGAAGAGAAAGUGAUGGAGAAACAGAAAAAAUUGGAAAAGGUUAAAGAAGGUGAUGAAUCUGCUAAAGAAUUGGCAGAAGAAGAAUUAGCAGAAGCUCAAGCUUCUUUGAGGGUUCCGAUGGGAGAAUAUGUACCGGAACCUGUCAAGAUCUUAUUCCCUCCAAUUCCAGAAUCAUACGAAGUGGUACCUCCUUUUCCUUCAUGGUCAGAAUCGUCCAACAACCCAAUCUCGGUGAUCAGUGCAGGAACAAGACAUAAUCUGGCAGUAUCGGAAUCUGGACAUGUGUACGCUUGGGGUUUCGGUAACCAAGCUCAACUAGGUCUAGGUGCAGACGUAGAACAAGCAAUCGUCCCCACUCUCGUUAGAAGUAAACAACUUCGACCUUAUAAAACCGUUGGAGCUAGUGCAGGAGGACAACAUUGUGUUCUUCUUGCUCAAAAGGUGGAAUGA